AUGUUCGAGGUUUCGGCACUCGAGGUGUGUUUUAAUGAUGAUGUCCAAGAUGUUCUGGACCUGAGACAUAUCAUAGACUUGAGACACCAGAAUCUCCCGCAGGUCUCCCCACCAGCCAGCCCUCCGUCACGCAGUGCUCAACCUAUGUCCCCGCCUCGCUCGAUCGAUGGGUUCGCUGGUCGAAUUUCUCAGUCUUCGGGACCUAAGCCACGGAACGAACCGCCUCUCACGCCCCCACGAACGGUAUCACCGGCGACCGAGGUUGCAGAGAAUGAUGUUCUUGAUGUUGAGAGCGAGUCGAAUGAGCCUCAAGCUCACCCUACUGGGUCGGAAUCAUCGGAAACACCCGCUCCCGCCACUCCAGAACGAAUCAAGGAUGAUUCGGACGACAUUUUUGCUGCUCCAUCGCCCCCCUUGUCUACAUCCUCUUCAACUCGGGCGCCGGACCUUCCGCCCAGGACAGCACCUCUGAAGAACACAUACAAUUUCGAGUACCGACAGAGGUCGGCGAUAGGGUCGCGCUUCCCUGCGCCUCUUUCACCUAGUGCGAUCAAGAAAGGAAGCACAGGUUUUGCUGCGCUACGAGCUGGACCACCUUCUCCUACCAAGCGCACCAUGUUCGGAGCUGACGCCACCGGCCAGUCCCCGCUCACGCCAAAUGCGACUGGAUCUAUACCUACUCGGCCCGUUAUUUCAACCCCUACUGGUACUACUCGGCAAGGGGCUUCGACUCCGACUGCUGGUAUCAUGCAAUCUAGUAUAUCUUCGCCAGUCAGACCCCUUGCGCAGACUCCAACCGGUAUACGACCGAUGAUGACUGGCGGCGGGAGUCCAAAUAUUUUUGGAGGAAGAGUCGAGUGUCCCCGAUGUGCCAAGGCCGUGUAUCAUGCCGAGCAGGUUACCGGACCGGGUGGACGCAAAUAUCAUAAACUCUGUCUUCGAUGUGUGCAGUGCAACUCCUCAUUGAGUGCAGGAAAGUUUACCGAGAAUGACGGAGAACCCAUGUGUCGUAACUGUUACUCCAAGACACAUGGCCCGCAAGGCUCUGGACCCAAAAUUCGUCACCCACCGUCUCCAGCGUCGCUUCCGUUCGUAGGCAACUUGUUUUCGAUCCCUUCGGGCCAAGAAUAUGUAGCUUUUGCGGAAAUUGGAGAAAAGCUCAAAUCGGACAUCAUUUAUCUUGAACUACUCGGUCAGAAAAUUAUUGUCCUCAACUCUGCCGAGGCUGCCUCAGACCUCCUUGAUAAACGUUCGGCAAUUUAUUCGGACCGACCCUCCAUACCAAUGCUGACGGAGCCGCCAUUGAUGAACUGGGCCAAGAAUGUCAGCAUAGCUAAAUAUGGCGAACUCUUGCGGAACUAUCGCCGUAUAAUGAAUAAAUGGCUCAACAACCGUGCUGUUGUUCAGUUUAAUCCCAUGCAAGAAAGACAAAAUCGAAUGCUUUUGAAACGCCUGUUGGAUAUCUCGAGCCAAACCCAGCCAUUCCAGGCCGUCAGAGACCAGUUAUUUUUCUCCGCAGGUUCCCUGAUGCUACAAGUCGCUUAUGGGUACGAGCCACAAAGCUCUGACGAUCAUUUCUUCAAGACGGCACAAUCCGCAUUCGAACAUGGCGUGCAGGCUGCCAUGCAAACAAACUUCCUUGUGAAUGUGUUCCCAGUAAUGCUACAUAUCCCAGCCUGGAUUCCGGGCACAAAUUGGAAACGCCUGGGAAGAGAAUGGGGGAUGCUGCAAGAAGGAGCAAAGGCUGGUUUAUAUGAAUGGGUAAAGGAACAGGUUACCCCCCCCCACUAUCUCCAGACUGCUGAAACGCAUCAAGUUUCGUUGCUUGGUCUUUUACUCCAGGACCAGGGCCAUGCACUACUCUCAGGACUAAGCCCCGCAGAGAAGGAGGAACGACUGAAGGAGGUUGGAAUCAUUCUAUUUGGAGCCGGGACGGACACUAGCGCAAGCUUCCUUCUAAACGUUGUAGCCAUGAUGGUUUCGCAUCCACAUGUGCAGUUACGAGCCCAGCAGGAGCUCGAUGCUGUCCUUGGCCUAGCUACUUUGCCGACCAUUGCGGACCGAGAACGAUUACCAUAUAUCAGGAACUUGAUCGACGAGGUGCUACGAAUGCAUCCUGUUAUCCCACUUGCAAUACCUCAUGUAUGCUUCAAAGAUGACAUUUAUCGGGGAUAUCAGAUUGAAAAAGAUACGAUUGUUAUGGGAAAUGUUUGGGCUAUAUCACGAGAUCCUCGUCUGUACAAAAAUCCUGAAGAGUUCAACCCAGACAGGUACCUAGAUCCUGAUGUCCAACGGCCACCUGUUUUCGGGUGGGGAAGGCGCAAAUGUCCGGGCAUCUAUUUCGCUGAGGAUUCGGCGUUUGUCAGCGCUGCCUCACUAAUUUCUAUGUUUACCUUCUCAAAGAAGAAAAAUGAUGAUGGCGAGGAGAUCACCCCACAAAUUAAACCAAAACACAACGCAGUCAUAGUUGAGCUAGAUCAUUUUGAGUUCGAGUUCAAACCUCGGUCAGAGGACCACCGCCGCCUGAUUCUUGGAAUCAACGUCAACAAGGAGCAGAUGCCAAGUGCAUAG